AUGUUGUUGUUAUGUUGCUGUUUUGUGCAACUGCUGGUCCAUUUGGUCAGUGGCGGUGCGGCAGAGAGUGAUGUUGAGCCCCUGCUGCGUAGAAAGGAGUUCGUUACGCUGCAUAAAUGGAGCGAAUUGAAAUUGGGUGUGCCCGAAGGCUAUCAACAACCACCGACGCUGGAUGCAAACCGUUACGCACAGGAUAAAUUGCUGCCAGUCGAUGUGGAUGUGGAGUACGGCGAUGACGGCUACCAUCGCACCUUCCUAACCAUACCACGUUUGAGUCACGGCGUUCUUUACUCCCUAGCUGUGGUCGCCGAUAGUGACAACUCGACAUUGCUUAAUCCACUGCUGGUGCCGUAUCCCAGUUAUGAUUGGCACUCCAGCUUUGGUCAAAAUUGCAGCUCAAUAACUUCGGCCAUACGCACUUUUAUUGAUGACUGUUGGCGUUUGUGGGUGGUUGACUUGGGUCAAAUUAACGGUAUUCAGUAUUGCGCGCCUCAAAUACUCGCUUUUGAUUUGGUCACCGAUCAGCUGAUACACCGUUAUGUUAUACCGGCAUCGCAAUAUACACCGGGUGUGUCCAUUUUCACUGCACUCGCUGUGGACAUAGAUGAAUCGGUGCCAAAGGCGGAGUGUAGUACUGCUAUGGUCUACAUAGCGGAUCCCUGGGGUUAUGGUCUGAUUGUUUACGACAUGAGUCGAGGUCAAUCUUGGCGCAUACAAAAUGCACACAUGCAGCCGGAUCAGCAAUUGACACAGGAUAAAACAGGCAGCAGCGGCAUUUUUACAGUCAGCAUAAGUCCAAGGCAGCAUGGCAAGGAAGGCGGUGAUAACGCUGAGCGCCGCUUAUAUUUCCAUGCACUCAACAGCUUUUUAGAAGUAAGUGUACCGUUAGUUGUGGUCAAUAAUGCUUCCCUGUGGACACAGCUUAAGGAUACGGAAACACAAAAUGAACUGCUGAAAGAGUUUAGAAUCGUUGGCAGCCGCGGCAUACAGUGUGAAUCGGAAGCUAUGGACAGUGAGGGUAAUUUAUAUUGCAGUUUGAUAAGCUCAAGCGCCUUAAUAGCCUGGAAGGAAAAUAGCGAUUACGAUUCGGAUCAUUUGAAGGUCGUCGCUUAUAAUCCGGAUAGACUGCGAUUUGUCACAGGACUCAAAGUAAACCGCAAUAAUCUCGAUGAAGAUGAACUUUGGGCUCUGAGCAGUAAUCCAGAGCUAUUUGUUGGUGGUAAUGUGCAAACGGAUGAUAUAAAAUUCCAAAUCAUUGGCUGUCGCGUGAAAAAUUUGCUGGAAAAUGAACCUUGCUCUGUAGUAAUAAAUCAUUUACAAAAUACGAUAAAUUAUUAUAAAGAGCAUUAA